UCUCACUGCAAACACACAGUUGUGAACAGAGUCUUAACCAUGGAGCUGUAUGGAUUGUUUGUGCUGGGUAUCUGGAUCUUGGUGGUAUCUGCAGACAGACAUACCGUUUUCUGGAACAGUACGAACAGCAGGUUUCUUUGGGAUGAUUACACCGUAGAAGUGCGACUUAACGACUACUUGGAUAUCGUGUGCCCACAUUACGAGGAGGGCAGCGCGCCCAGUCACACAGUGGAAAGAUACACCUUGUUCCUUGUUGAAUAUGAAGAAUACUCAACGUGUAAACCCAUCUCUAAGGACCAAGUGCGAUGGGAGUGCAAUAAACCCUUCGCUCCACAUGGACCUGAGAAAUUCUCCGAAAAAUUCCAGAGGUUCACACCCUUUACCCUGGGAAAAGAAUUCAAAGAAGGAGGCACAUACUACUAUAUCUCCAAACCAAUACACCAUCAUGGAGAGUCUUGCAUGAAACUAAAGGUGCACGUGGCUGGGAAAGCCACUCAGCCGCCCUUCACAAAUGUUCACACCCCGAAAGCCAGAAUCCAAUCAGACGAGCCUUCUGUAGAAUUACCGGGCGUUCUAAAAAGUGUUGCCGAGAACAACUCCCCCAGAGCCGUUUCAUUCUCUGUGCUCUGCCUGCUGAUGCCAAUACUGAUGCUUCUUUGCUUGUGAUGGGAUAGUGACCGGAUCAG